GUUUACGUGCUGGGUCGGUACGCAGAAGUGACCGGUGAGAGUGUUGCUAUUUAUUGGUGGUUGAAUUCCCUCAAACUACAUCUGUCCGGCGUUAAUAUGUCUGAUCAGGAGGCAAAGCCUUCCAGCCAAACAGGAGAAAAGAAGGAUGGCGAAUACAUUAAGUUAAAAGUUAUAGGCCAGGACAACAGUGAGAUCCAUUUCAAAGUGAAAAUGACCACGCAACUAAGAAAGCUGAAGGAGUCCUACUGUCAGCGACAGGGAGUUCCACCAAAUUCUCUUCGAUUUUUGUUUGAAGGUCAGCGGAUCACAGAUCACCAAACACCUAAAGAGCUUGGCAUGGAGGAUGAAGAUGUGGUUGAAGUUUAUCAGGAACAGACAGGAGGAUGGUUGAGAGCUUAAUUGCUGGUCCAUGUAUCAGAAUCCCGAUCAUCUGUAUAAUUUCUUUAUUGUUUCUUGUCGGCUGUAAUCACUGAUUUUAUAUAUUAAAAAAAAGGAAAAAAAAGAGACCACUUUCUUUCAUAUGGUUUGUACGACAGGUUGAUGCCCAGCUGAAAGUUCUUAUUUUCAGUACGUACAGUAAUACAACCAAUUCCGUAUAUUCAGCAUAAAUGGCAACAAAAUGUCAACUGAGUUUUCUUCAAAAGAGAAGUUUGUGACUUGAGUACCUUUUUUAUAAAUUAAUAUUUUUCAUUACAUAAAGACCAUUUUGGAAAGUUUUUUUCCAAUUUGUAGGACAAAUGGGCUUAAGAAUGGUGUAUGAAGGUUUUCUUGCAUGAAAAGUUAUGUUCUAAAUCAUACAUUCCCAAACCUCAAUCUGAAAUUGUAAAACAAAAUUAGCAAAUUGCAUUGUAGUGCAUCUCUGUCUCCUUUAUUUGGAGAAAGUGAGGGCUGUAGAUGCUGUAGAAUCAGUGUCGAAAAGGGUGACGCUGGAAAAGCACUGCAGGUCAGGCAGCAUCUGAGGAGCAGGAGAGUUGACGUUUCAGGCAUAAUCCCUUCAUCAGGGAUACCUGAACUGCUAUGCUGUUCCAGCAGCACCCUUUUCGAUUCCUUUAUUAUUUGGCCAGACGGAAUUUUAACAUUUUCAAUUCAAAAGCUUUUAGGGUUUUUUUUUAGAAAGGGCAUGCACCAGCUAUAUGGUGGUUAUAAACUCACAGGCUGCUCUUAAAAAUGUGGUACAGCAGCAGUUAAAAUAUCAUGGGGCUGCCUCUGUAUUACAAGAAAAUACCCUUGUAAAAACACAUUGUGCAAGAACAAAUGUUUGUCAUGCUGUUCCUGUUUUAAUCCUUUCACCCACUUAAACCUAUUUGUGUUUCAGAGCAAAAUGCUCAGAACUUUGCAUAGGUAUCUCCUUUGUGAAAGUAAGCUUAUGAUUAUAGGUGCAGAAAAGCCGUACAGUUCAGCAAAUACUUCAGGACAAACUGUAUGGUAGGCAGACUGCACUGCCACCCUAAGCUUUUCAGUGAAAUCAACCAUUGGAGGGUUACAUAGGGAUUACUUAAGGAAGACACUGGCAGGAAACAAUUCAGAUUUGUUUGGUCUUGUUCAUUGUAGAUAUCGGUUGAUCUGGUUUAAUUUUAGGAGAGGGUUUCUUUUAAGUGAAUACCUCAACUUACUCUCAAUCAUUCAUGCUAUUUGUUAGCCAUUGUAGAACUGGCAGAUACAACAUAAUUCAAUAUUUUUGUUUUCAGUUUCCUUAUUUGUAUGUACUUUAUACGCAUCAGGAGUUUAGAUUCAUGAAUUCACUGCUAAUCUGCUGGAAAGACCAGCAUAGCGAAUUUUUGAGAGAAUAGAUGUGAAUCGUUGUAAAUGGAUUUUAAGAAUUCGUACAUGAUGAAAUUUGGAAAACAUUUUUGACUAGUUCAGAAUAAGGUUUGGUCAGGCUGGUUUGAAUGGAUGUGUACAGAAAGGGGAAGAUGCUAUUUUCCAAUUACCAGUAUGCAUACAAUACCAGUGUUUUUUAAAACCAUUUAUGACCAUACCAUCUGAUGAAUUGUAACUAUUUGCAUAAACAAGCUUAAAAUAUCAUUUUCCUUCAGUACCAACUGUACCAAGUACAAUGUUGUGAGAGCAUUUUUAAUUUUUAAAAAAUUGCAAAGCCAUUUUAGUGAUUUGGUCUAAUGUGUUAGCAACCCAGUUUUUAAUUUGUCUUUCCUUUUGCUCAUGGAAUCCCCAAAAUUUAUUACACGGUUCAUAAGAUAUGAAUGGGGAUUGUUCAACUUUGUACAUAAUCUUAUGCUCAGAUACUGAAUAAAGACAUGAGAAAAUAUUGAUUAGAACACUUAUUCAUAACGUGAUUUUAUUUCUGUUUCUUCACAGUAAUACUCCAGUCAUCAGUAAUAAUUAGUCCUAAUUUAUAGCACUAUCCUCUUCAGAUAUACAGCUCAAGUUAAAAUUUAACCUAAACUGAUAUUGUUAAAACCUUUGACAGGAUUUCUAAGUGAAAGAAGUUUGGCACAGUCUUGAAUGUCUCUUAAAUUGCUAAUGAGUUUUGAAUCCUUAGCAUGAUACUUAUCAUGUAGAAAUAUAUUGAUCAAAAUCAUAACUGAAAUACAUCCUAAUUUCUCCAUGCUGAUCCUUAUCUCUUUAACCACGUCCAUCUGUAAAACCUUUUAAGUUCUCUGCUCUUUCAAUUCUAGUCUCUUGUGCACCUUUCAUUUUUAAUGGUUCCACAGUUGGCAGCCAAUCAUCUAUCUGCUUACACUCUUAAGCUUUUGAAUUCCUUACACAAAGUUCUCUGCCUCACUACCUUUCUCUCCUUUCAAAAUGCUACUUCAAACCUACCUCUUUUGGUCACGACGUUUUUUUGUGUGACUCAACAUAAAAGUUUAUUUUGAUAAUGUUCCUUUGAAAUGCCUUGAGUUUGUUAAAGCAUUAAAGGCACUAUAUAAAUGCAACUUUUGUUAGAAAUGGAAGAUUCACACUAAUUUUGUAGGAGUUGGUCUUCUGAAUUUGCAGGAAAAAGAAGACUAACUGGUUGGAGUGUGAGGAUGCCUACACCUACCCAAUGUUGCAACUGAUCCAGGAAUGCUCAGUACUUUUUAUUCUUGGUGCUAAAAGUGUGAAACAAUCCAUUCUUUUGCAAAUUUUCUCAUUUUCCAAAAAUUAACAUGUUUGAAGUAUGUAAAGAUUAAUUGUAUAAUAAAUGCUAUGGAUGGUC